AUGGAACCCAAAGACUAUCCUCCCAGUUUCACUAGUCGCAGUACAGACUUUGUAUCUUCCGACCAACUGUCCGACAGCAGAAUUAUCAUCGAUGAUGAGAAGCUACCUCCUGUUGAUGGAGGCUCGCAGGCAUGGCUAUUUCUUAUAGCGUCAGCUAUGCUUGAAUCUCUAGUAUGGGGAUACGCUUUUGCCUUUGGAAUCUUUCAAGACUACUAUAGCUCACACCCGCCAUUUGCGGGGUCCGGACACAUUGCGAUCAUUGGAACUUGUGCUAUGGGAAUUGCGUAUCUCAUUGCUCCAUUAGCGAUCGUUUUCAUGAUUUUGGUGCCUUCAUGUGCUCGGUGGGUAUCUACCGCUGGAGUUUGCAUUAUGUGCUUUUCUUUGGCAAUGAGCUCUUUUUCCACCAACGUGACACACCUCAUCUUGUCACAAGGAAUUGGUUUCGGAACUGGUGGCUGCUUGGCCUAUACCCCUACCAUUUUGUUCAUGUCAGAGUGGUUUGCCAAGCGCAAGGGUCUCGCUUUCGGAAUUGUCUGGGCUGGGUCCGGUAUAUCGGGUAUCAUCUUCCCACUAGCCAUCCAGUGGCUCCUUGACCAGUAUGGAAUCAAUGCAACACUCCAGAUCUCAGCAGUGACUUUGUUCCUUCUCGCCGCGCCUUUCCUAUAUUUCCACCGACCUAGAGUCCCCAUGAGAGAGGUUGCGUACCACAGGCUUGACUUCCAUUUCUUAUACGACAAGACUUUCAUCAUCUAUCAGCUCGGAAAUACCCUGGAAGCAGUUGGAUUCUUCCUACCGACAAUCUAUCUCCCAUCAUUCGCACGCAGUCUCGGUGCCAAUGACUUCAUGGCUUCUCUCACCGUGACCCUGGUCAACCUAACAACUGUCUUCGGCUCCGUGUGCAUGGGGUUCCUCUCUGAUAGGUAUCAUAUCACAACCUGUAUCCUAAUCUCAACCGUCGGAACCGUCUUAUCAGUUUUCUUCCUUUGGGGCUUCGCAACCUCCAUCGCACCCUUAUACAUCUUCUGCAUCGCCUACGGGUUACUUGCCGGCGGAUUCUCUUCCACAUGGGCAGGCGUUUCCAACGAAGUCCAACGUGCGAACCCAGCCGCAGACGCAACCGUCAUCUUCCCAUUCAUGGAAACAGGUCGAGGAAUCGGCAAUGUAGUCAGCGGCCCGCUAAGUGAAGCACUCCUCAAAGGAGACAAGUGGCGCGGGCGUGCAUAUGGUGCCUAUGGAAGUGGGUAUGGCACACUGGUAGUCUGCACCGGCACCACGGCGCUACUGGGUGGAAUCUGUGUUGUGGCGCGCCAAUUCAAGUGGAUAUAA